UUUUCCGCGUGCGCUUCUUUCCUCUGCCAAGGGGAGUUGCACGUGGCGUGUUGUGCUGCCGGGACGCGACUCGAGGCAGCGGACGUCAUUUCUCAAUGGCCUGCAAGCGGACUUUGCUUUUACACGUCCUGCUGAAUGCAUGUGUUGACAGAAAGGUUACCUACCAAUCAUAGUAAACGUUGUCAACGCGAAGGAUGGCGUCAGGUUUUCACAGUGGAGGAAAUGAUGCCCCACCUACGGGAUGUGAGUGGUGCUGUAACCAAAAACCUUUUCCUGAAGGACAAGAAGAAGAAAAGUCUUUGGCUGGUGUCGGCCCGCCAUGACAGACAGGUGAAUUUAAAUGACCUGGCCAAGAAGCUCAGCGUCGGCAGUGGAAACCUUCGCUUUGCUGAUGAGGCAUCCAUGUUGGACAAACUUAAGGUGGGCCAGGGCUGUGCCACAGCGCUGGCUCUCCUCUUCGAUAAGGAACAGAGCGUCACUUUUGUUCUGGACAGCGAUUUGGUGACGGGAGGAUACGACAGGAUCUACUUCCAUCCCAUGACCAACGCCGCCACCAUGGGCCUCAAACCAGAUGACCUCCUUACGUUUGUCAAAGAAACGGGACAUGAACCCAUCCUGCAGGACUUUGAAUAGAUCCCCACAGCCUUAAUGAGAUGGGACCCAGUCUGAUCAUGUACUCAAACGGACACUGGUGCCAUCUAGCAUAGCCUUGGUUAAAACCCGCUGAACGUCCAGAAGAAAAGAAUUUAAACCCAUCAGACAAAGUUUUAUCAAAAUAAAACAAAAUGAUGAUAUACAUUAUCCUGUUCCUGGAUUCAGAAUCCAGCAGCCGACUGGUGCUAAGCAAACUCCUCUUUCAGAAUAUCCAUUCAUUCAUUCAUGGAUUUGUUUCAUCUGGGUUUAAAGUCGAUACUCCUGCA